GGCGUGAAGGGCUGAAGACGCCCAUGUUGGCUCAAGUACACGUAUGAUGAGGCUGUUGCUAGCAACCUCCAUAGUUGUCAUGUUGUCAGAAUGGGGGGAAGGGCUACGCUGUUUCAUAUGCGAAAAUAAGGUCAAUCCUGCUUGUGGACCUGAGUUCAAGUCUUACCAGUACAAAGCACACCAUUGUUCAGCACCGGUGGCAAAAUGUGGUCUUCAAAGGCAACCAAAAAUAGGCGAGUUCAUCGGAAUUGUAAGAGACUGCUAUACUUUGGGCUCGAUGCCGCAGCUAAACGAGUCUGAUGGAUGUCACAAUGUCGUGUUUGGACACCUUUCGUUCGAGAUUUGCCUUUGCAGUACAGACUAUUGUAAUGCCGCCACAUUAACGCAUGGUCGUGAGGAGUUGUAUUUGUGUGCCUGCUCUAUCAUGACAUAUCUCGUGUUUCACUGGAUCCGCUGGUCAUAGGACUUCACAUUUUGUAAAACAUAUAAUUUAUUAUCGAAUAAUACACAAUAAUUAGUGCAUUAUGUACAUUCGUUUUGUUUAUUUAUACAUUUCAUCAAUUAGUUAAUUACAAAGUUAACAUUAUGACGUUUGCAGAAAACAUUUAUCAUGCGGUUAAUUAUA